CAUCGCUACCCACUUUCCCCUCACUAACUACCCUCCAGCACUGUGAGUAUCCGUUUUUCUAGAUCGUCCGUUUUGCUUCGCUCGCUUUUUGUAAAGACAGCGUAGGUUUGCUGCCUGGAAGCGAUGGAUGCGGUUUUGGAGUUCCAGAUGACGCGGAGCACUUAGGACUGACUUGUGGGUUCCCCAGUUCCAACCAUGGGUCGCCGUCCCGCUCGCUGCUACCGCUACUGCAAGAACAAGCCGUACCCCAAGUCCCGCUACAACCGUGGUGUCCCUGACCCGAAGAUCCGUAUCUUCGAUCUUGGCCGCAAGCGUGCCUCCGUCGAUGAAUUCCCCUACUGCUGCCACCUUGUCUCCGAUGAGUACGAACAGCUCUCUAGCGAGGCGCUAGAAGCUGCCCGUAUUUGCGCGAACAAGUACGUUACGAAGACGUCUGGCAAGGACUCCUUCCACUUGCGUGUCCGUGUCCACCCCUUCCACGUCAUUCGCAUCAACAAGAUGUUGUCCUGCGCGGGUGCCGAUCGUCUACAAACUGGUAUGCGCGGUGCCUGGGGCAAGCCGUAUGGCACUGUUGCCCGUGUCAACAUCGGCCAGAUCAUCCUUUCCAUCCGCUGCAAAGACGCGAACGCACCUGUUGUCCAGGAGGCGCUCCGUCGUGCUCGCUACAAGUUCCCUGGUCGCCAGAAGAUUAUUGUCUCGCGCAAGUGGGGCUUCACGAAUGUCAAUCGUGAGGACUACACCAAGCUUAAGGAGGAGAAGCGUGUGUUGCAGGAUGGUGCAUACGUACAGUACAUUCGCCCUAGGGGCAACUUGGAGAACAACCUCCGUGCGCAGCUCCGCGCAUGAGCUUGAUGUUCUAUGUAUAGUAUCUCCGGCGAUUUUGACAACAUGAUGUUGUUGCCUUGGUUGGAUGCG